CACAGAAGAGGUAGCAAGUUUUGAAAAAAAAGGGAAAAAAGAAACAGUAAUCGUCUUCAGCGUGUGCUGCAAAAUCAUUCGAUAGAACAAGGCUGAGGCUCUCAAUUGUGUGAAUCCGGAAAACAACAAGCAAGCACGUGCAAACCGUAAUAAGUAUCAAUAGCAGCCACAUCAUUCUUCAGUGCAAAUUGAAAAUUUAGAGAUACUGAGUAGCAAGUUCUUCUGCCAGGGAAAUUUUGUGGUUCGCCACAUAUCUUCCACAGCAUCGCUGAAAACUGUCGGCAACGUUCUCCACAAGUGGUAUCUGUGACAACAGCGGCCUUUUGCGUCGUGUAUUUUUCAAUAUUCUUCAAAAUCAACCACCAUGGCUGACGUGUUUGCUGUGGGACUGCACACUUUUGGCGACGGUGGAUACGCACCACAUCUGCACAAAGUCAACGGAACGUGGGUAUCUGGCGCCGGUUACGAAAUUGGCCCGGGUUCCACGGGUCUUCUGUCGUUGCUCUCUGUCAUCGGCACGAGCUUGUCUAUAGUCGGGGUCGUCCUGACCUUCAUAACAUACAGCCUGUUUUCGGACCUAAGGACACUCAGCGGUACGUCCCUGCUAAACCUCCUUGCCGCCUUCUUUCUGUCGCACCUCCUGAGCGUCAUCGGCGUCGAACGCCCAAGUGACAAAAGACUAUGCGUCACCCUUGGUUUCUUGCUUCACUUCCUCUGGCUGGCGGUUCACUGUUGGCUCGCAGCCAUGUCCAGGGACAUGUACAAGACCUUCAGGGACAACAUUAAUCUUCAGCCCUCACCGGCCAGUGAGGACCGCAAGUCGUUCCUCAAAGCGGCCGCAUUCGCGUGGGGCCUUCCAUUACUUCUGACGGGUCUCUCUGGAGUGGUCCACUUCGGCACCGUGCUGGAUCAGACGUCUGACGACAGGAUCACCUGCUGGAUCCUCGGUCGUGGCUCCUACCUCUGGACAUUCUGCCUUCCAGCCUUCGUUCUGGCUGUCUCCGACGUGCGGUACUUCGUCAAGGCGGCCAUCUUGACCCGUUACACAGCCAGCCUACAGAUGAACCGCAAGACGAGGGACCGCAUGAAACGGAGGCGCUACUUGCAGCUGUUUCUCUACGCCAAGUUACUCUUGGUCCUCACACUCACCUGGGUGGCGGGACUGGCAGCGCAGCUGGCUCGACUCAAGGCCGUCUGGUUCGCCUUCUGCAUCCUCGCAUCGGUGCAAGGUUUCUUCGUGGCUCUCGCCUACUCCUGCAACUCGCGCGUCUUUCGCCUGUACAGCCGAUCUCUGCGGUCCGGAAACCACAACCGCAAGGGUUACGGAGCGUCCGAUCUGUCUGGGUCUACUGACUUGGCCUUGUUGACUUGGGAGCCAACGCCCGAUGCUGUGUGAUCGGUAUACCAACUGACUGGGCUGAGACAAAGUACUUGAGUGGCGUGAAAGCAGUGCGAGCAAGAAUAAGUGCUUACUUGAGUGAAACUGCUCUGUGGCUCCGUAAGUCUUGAGAAUCUUACCGUGCGACUUUAUGUAAAAAAAAGCAUUGUCACAUGUUAAACACCGGAAAGAAACAAAAAGAAGCUUCUGAAAAACUAAAGCCAAAUGUCUUAAGGGUUAAGAUUGGUGCGACUGUAUUUUAAAAUCCAUUGUUUUAAAGUCAUAUUCAGAAAAGUGUAAUGUUUACCUAUGACGCGCCUUUCAUUACACAGUUCAGGCGGCAGCCUGACAGGAAUGAAUUAUGUUUAGGCGGCAACCGACAGGAGUGAAGCACAAGGAAUGAACUAUCAUCCAUCGAUCUGUCUACACUGUUGAUGGCUUUGAUGAUAAUGUGAUACAAGUGUUAGCGUCGAAUUCUGUGUCGGUGUUUAGCUGUUGUAGGCGACUGCACAUGAAGGAACUGAUAAUUUUAACAUGUUGCGACUACUGUUUCGCACGUGCAUCGCCACUGCUUCAGAUGUCAUUUGCACGUCAGAACUGUGUGAUUACGCAAUUAGCUGAGCAUCCAAGGACUGUGUAUACGAACGCUCCGCUAGUGAGAGCAAUGACGACGAUGCAUAUCAGAUGUUUCAUAACUAAAAAAAGACCACAGUUUCCAUGACCGUGUUAAAAGAUACUCUGUGCUUGCCAGAAGUGUUAACGAACUUUUUUGAGUACUCUUUCGUAGCUCAAGCGGAGGUUUUUUUGACGACAGUAUAUUAUAUUUGGAGUUUCAAACUCCAAAGGCUUGCUUCAUUUGUGCAUUAAACAUGAAUGUCUAGGAUAUCUUCCAAAAACCCGUGGCUUCGUUAUCCUCGCUGAACGCUGAGCAACGACUUCUGUGUAGUAUCAGUAUGCUGUUGAGAAUAGUUG